CAAUCCCCCCUACUUUCUCGUCUCCUUGUCCCCUCCUUCCCCUUAUCUCCGCCGCUUCUCUGCAAAAUCUACUCUCUCUCUUCUUUCUCUCUCUAUAUAGCUCUGUAUAUCUCUCUAUAUAGCUCUGUAUAUCAAUCGCCAUUAUCAUCUUCAUCAUCUUCGAAUGCUAAAGGAGGAAAAACAUCUUUCCGAUCAGAUUCACGAAUCAAAAUGCUGAAACCACUUUCGAUUUUAUGGAUUCUAUCCAUUUUCUCUGUAAUCACUCACGUUCUCUGUCAAUCAAGCGCAGCUGAUGCAUCAGCAAUGGAGGAUUUGAAAAAAAGCAUCGGAUCGCCGAGUUCGUUGAAAUGGACUGACUCGGAUCCUUGUAAUUGGGGUUACGUAAGUUGUACAAAUGAUAAACGAGUCACGAGAAUCCAAAUCGGUAACCAGAAUCUACAAGGUACACUUCCGGCGAGCUUAUCUAACCUUACGUCUUUGAUUAAAUUCGAAGUUAUGAAGAAUCAAUUAAACGGACCUAUACCUAGUUUCGCGGGAAUGAGUUCUUUACAGUCAUUGUUACUUAACAAUAACAAUUUCUCUUCAAUUCCUUCCGAUUUCUUCACUGGUAUGUCUUCUCUUCAAGAGGUUUUCCUUGAAUACAACGCGUUUUCGCCUUGGUCGAUUCCUGAAAGCCUUAAAGACGCGUCGACUUUGAAACUUUUCUCUGCUACCGCUACUAAUAUGAUCGGGAAAAUCCCUGAGUUUCUCAAUAGCGGUAACUUUCCUGGAUUGACUGAUCUUCGUUUAGCGACCAACAAUCUUGAAGGAGAAUUACCGACGGGGUUUUCUGGUUCGUCGAUUCAAAACCUAUGGUUGAAUGGACAACAAGGAACAUCGCAGUUGAAUGGAUCACUCGCUGUUUUACAGAACAUGACUCAAUUGAAUCAGGUUUGGUUACAUAGCAAUGCAUUCUCCGGUCCUCUCCCUGAUUUCUCCGGUUUGAUUAUGUUACAGAAUUUUAGUGUCAGAGACAAUAGAAUUACAGGUCCGGUACCGGAUUCAUUAACAAAGAUUGUUUCUUUAAAAGUUGUAAACUUGACAAACAACCUUUUACAAGGUCCUACCCCGAUUUUCGAUCCAUCUGUUCAAGUUGAUAUGAGUAAUAACUCUAAUAGCUUCUGUUUAUCAACCCCUGGAGCUCCCUGUGAUUCUCGAGUUGGUUCUCUGCUUAAGAUUGUUCAAUCUUUGGGUUAUCCUUCUUCAUUUGCACAAAGCUGGAAAGGAAACGAUCCAUGCCAAAGCUGGACUGGUAUUGUUUGCUCUAAUGGCGAGAUUAUCAUCAUCAAUUUCCCUAAAAUGGGUCUUACUGGUACAAUUUCUCCAAGUUUCUCAUUGAUUCCUUCUCUCCGGAAGAUAAUCCUUGCCAAUAACAAUCUUUCCGGUACCAUACCAGCUGAGCUCACCACUCUAUCGAACUUAACUGAGCUAGAUGUUUCAAAUAACCAAAUUCAUGGAAAAGUUCCAGCUUUUAGAACUAACGUGUUAGUUAAUGUUAAUGGAAACACCAAUAUUGGGAAAGAUUCUGUAAGUCCUCCCUCUGGUAGUGGAGAUUCGCCUUCCGGCAAUGGAACUCAAACCGCCUCUAAGAAGUCGUCGAAUGGAGUCAUUAUUGGCUCUGUUAUCGGAGCCACAUGCUUCGUUUUCCUUGUGGCUUUUGGCGUGUUCUUUGCUUACAAGUCUAAGAAGAAACGAUAUGGAAGAGUUCAGAACCCUAACGGGUUCGUGAUUCAUCCUCGUAACUCAGGGUCCGAUGGAGGGGACUUGAAGAUAACUGUUUCGGGCACGGGUGUUAACAGAGCGACCACUAGCGAAACUAGCCAUGGUAGUAGUGGUCCGAGUGAUCUUCAUGUGAUCGAGACAGGGACAAUGGUGAUCUCUAUUCAGGUCUUGAGAAAUGUGACGAACAAUUUCAACGAGGAGAAUAUACUUGGGAGAGGCGGUUUUGGUACGGUUUACAAAGGGGAAUUGCAUGAUGGUACUAAGAUCGCUGUUAAGAGGAUGGAAUCGGGGGUUUUGACCGAGAAGGGUUUGGAGGAGUUCAAAUCGGAGAUUGCGGUUCUUACUAAAGUUAGGCAUAGGCAUUUGGUCGCUCUUCUCGGGUAUUGUUUGGAAGGGAACGAGAGAUUGCUUGUUUACGAGUAUAUGCCUCAAGGGACGUUGAGUAGACAUCUUUUUCAAUGGAAAGAAGAGGGAUUGAAGCCGUUAGAAUGGGCUAAACGGUUGACUCUUGCUCUUGAUGUUGCUAGAGGAGUUGAAUAUCUUCAUGGAUUGGCACACCAAAGCUUUAUUCAUAGGGAUCUUAAGCCAUCUAAUAUUCUGUUGGGCGAUGAUAUGCGCGCUAAAGUUGCCGAUUUUGGCCUUGUUCGUCUUGCUCCGGAAGGGAAGGAUUUCGUAGUCACUAAGCUUGCGGGUACUUUUGGGUACCUUGCUCCGGAAUAUGCAGUGACAGGCCGAGUAACUACAAAAAUCGACGUAUUCGCAAUCGGAGUGAUCCUAAUGGAACUGGUAACAGGUCGAAAGGCAUUAGACGAGACUCAAAAAGAAGAAAGUGUUCAUCUGGUCCAUUGGUUUCGCAGAUCAAUGAUAGACAAAGAGGCCUUCCCAAAAGCAGUUGACCCAACUAUCGAACUCGAUGAGGGUACCCUUGGCAGUGUCCGAACAGUUGCUGAACUAGCAGGUUACUGUUGUUCAAGAGAACCAACCCAAAGACCAGACAUGGGUCAUGUUGUUAAUGUACUGUCUUCUCUAUCAGAGCUAUGGAAACCGUCUGAACCAGACUUUGAGGACAUGUAUGGAAUCGAUUUCGAUAUGACUUUACAACAGGCUGUGAAGAAAUGGCAAUCUUUGGAAGAUAUGACUGGAGUUGACAUUUCAUCGACUUCGUUUCUCGCUAGUGGUGAUAAUACUCAAACGAGUAUACCCACUAGACCUUCUGGCUUUGCUGAUUCGUUUACAUCGACUGAUGGCCGUUAAUUUCUUGUUUAGUAAUGUUAUCGUUAGGGUUUAUGUGCGUCUCGUGUCGUCCUGUUUUUUAUUUUAAGACUUGUUCUAGAUUUGUUGGGUAGGGUUUGUGAAGUUUAAAUUUGGGAUAUUUAUUUAUCAUACAGUGAAUCUAGUUAAUGGUUUUAUUUUUGUA